UAUAUCAAAGUUGAGCUUGGGGAUGGAGAAGAGCAGGUCAUUUCCCGAGUACUCGUCCUCUUAUGCCGGCGAGUUCGGGUUCCAUGACAGAUCAAAUUCUUAUAGCUUUAAUGGGCCGUGCAACAAGGGGAGUGGUUUUGCGACGUCUAAUGAUCCGGAGCUAAAGAGGAAGAAGAGGAUUGCUUCAUAUAAUGUGUUUACCGUGGAAGGGAAGCUAAAGACUUCCGUAAGGAGCAGCUUCAAGUGGAUCAAGACCAAGUUGAGCGAUAUACGAUAUGGUGUGUGAGUUGCAGAGACUGUCCUCACUCCUCAGCCACGAAGUGAUCAUUUCUCACCCUUCACUGUAUAGAGUUUGGCGUCAAAAGUGUGUGCAGCGAUUGGAUGAUGGUGUGUGGCUCUUGUUGCAUGGGAAACUACAUGCCAUGCAUCAAUCCAGGGAGGCCUUUUUGGGUAGAUUAGGUAGUAUGUUUUGAUGAACAAGAGCUGAACCCAUCCCCCCGUUUUUUGUUCUCUUUUUGCUUUUUGAUCUUUCAUCAAAACUUGGUAUCCAUAUUUCUAUCAGAUGUACAAAUACCGAAGGGUGUGAAUGAUGAUUUUGAUGGUCCUUUGAAAGAUUUUGUAUGUUUUACUGAUCUUUUUGGCCAAA